UUUCCGGUUUCGGGGUGGUGGGAGGGGUGCGGAGCGGGACUUGGAGCCGCCGCUGCUUUGCCCGCCGCGUACAGAUCCUGCCUCGCGCUUGGUGCUGCUGGGAUGAUGCGGUCGGGUCCCGAAGGCUGCUGCCGUCGCCCGGUGCGGGCGAACGGCUGCGUGGCGAACGGGGAGGUGCGGAACGGGUACGUGAGGAGCAGCGCCGCUGCCGCCGCAGCCGCUGCCGGCCAGAUACAUCAUGUUACACAAAAUGGAGGACUGUAUAAAAGACCAUUUAACGAAGCUUUUGAAGAAACACCAAUGCUGGUCGCUGUGCUUACUUAUGUCGGGUAUGGUGUACUCACUCUCUUUGGAUAUCUUCGAGAUUUCUUGAGGCAUUGGAGAAUUGAAAAGUGUCACCAUGCAACGGAAAGAGAAGAACAACAGGACUUUGUGUCAUUGUAUCAGGAUUUUGAAAACUUCUAUACAAGGAACCUCUAUAUGAGGAUUCGAGACAACUGGAAUCGACCCAUCUGCAGUGUGCCUGGAGCCAGGGUGGACAUCAUGGAGAGACAGUCUCACGACUACAACUGGUCAUUCAAGUACACCGGGAAUAUAAUUAAAGAUGUUAUAAACAUGGGUUCCUACAAUUAUCUUGGAUUUGCACGAAAUACUGGAGCAUGUCAAGAGGCAGCUGCCAAAGUCCUGGAGGAGUAUGGUGUUGGAGUGUGCAGCACUCGGCAGGAAAUUGGAAACCUGGACAAGCAUGAAGAACUAGAGAAGCUUGUGGCAAGUUUCUUGGGAGUAGAAGCUGCUAUGGCAUAUGGCAUGGGGUUUGCAACAAAUUCAAUGAACAUUCCUGCUCUUGUUAGCAAAGGUUGCCUAAUUCUGAGUGAUGAACUAAACCAUGCGUCACUGGUUCUGGGAGCCAGACUCUCAGGAGCAACCAUUCGAAUCUUCAAACACAACAAUAUGCAAAGCCUAGAGAAGCUGUUGAAGGAUGCCAUUGUUUAUGGUCAGCCUCGGACACGAAGGCCCUGGAAGAAAAUUCUAAUCCUUGUGGAGGGAAUAUAUAGCAUGGAGGGAUCUAUUGUUCGCCUUCCUGAAGUGAUUGCCCUUAAGAAGAAAUACAAGGCAUACUUGUAUCUAGAUGAAGCUCACAGCAUUGGGGCUCUGGGCCCCACAGGUCGAGGUGUGGUGGACUACUUCGGCCUGGAUCCUGAGGACGUGGACAUUAUGAUGGGAACAUUUACAAAGAGCUUUGGUGCUUCUGGAGGAUACAUUGGAGGCAAGAAGGAGCUGAUUGACUAUCUGCGGACACAUUCUCACAGUGCCGUGUACGCCACGUCGCUGUCGCCACCUGUCGUGGAGCAGAUCAUCACCUCUAUGAAGUGCAUCAUGGGGCAGGAUGGCACCACCCUUGGCAAAGAAUGUAUACAGCAGUUAGCCGAAAACACCAGGUAUUUCAGGAGACGUCUAAAAGAGAUGGGCUUCAUCAUCUAUGGAAAUGAAGAUUCUCCAGUUGUGCCUCUGAUGCUCUACAUGCCGGCCAAAAUUGGCGCCUUUGGGCGGGAGAUGCUAAAGCGGAAUGUCGGUGUCGUUGUGGUAGGAUUUCCUGCUACCCCAAUCAUCGAGUCCAGAGCCAGGUUUUGCCUGUCGGCAGCUCAUACCAAAGAAAUACUUGAUACUGCUUUAAAGGAGAUAGAUGAAGUCGGGGACCUGUUGCAGCUGAAGUAUUCCCGUCAUCGGUUGGUACCCCUACUGGACAGGCCCUUUGAUGAGACUACAUAUGAAGAAACAGAAGACUGAGCCUUUUUGGUGCUCCCCUUGAGGGCCUCUCCCGCCCCCAGGACAGCGUGUGGCCUUUCUGAGCCAGUUCCAGGAACCACACUUCUGUGGCCGACUCACGUGCAAGACAUUUCCUCAACUACUGACGGUGGCCACCUCCACUCUAAAUGGCAUUUUGUAAAUAGAAACUGCUUCACAUCCUUCCUUUGCUACAGUUCACCGUUUAAAAAAGAGGUGACUCACUUUGCUUUUUUGUGCAUUAAAAAGUAUGUUUUAUUUUUUAACUACUCCACUUGUGACAUCACGCUGACCCUAGCCUGCCUCUGGCUAACCUCGAAGGCCUUUUUCCUCUCCCAGCCACUUCCCAGACAUGGGCGCAUUGAAAGGUCCUGCUGGCCCUGACUCUGUGGCCUCAAGACUCCGCUGGCCCUCCUCCCGGGGAGCAGGUGCCUUCCACUUACUUCCAGUCCAGGUCUCAGAGGUUGCCAGUCUUGGAAUCUUUCUUUAACCUGCCACAUAACCCAAGUGUUUUAAUGCGUCUUAAGUUUAUCCAUUUGAGAAAAACAGUAAAUGCUAAUCCUGCUGAAACUCCCCCUCAUUGUGUGACCCUCCCUGGCCAGGAGCCUCCAGGGAUGGGGCUUAGUCCAUUCUCUUCUGGUGACCAGAUGUUUCUUCGUAAUUGUCACCAUCUGAGGGCAUGUCCAAUUUCGGGAUUCUUCCCAAGCUAUAAUCCUACACUCCCACCUCUAUUUAAAACACUUAAAUUGUUUUAAAAGCACCCACAUCCCACCCCAGUCAGACGUCUGUGGUGAAGCUGACUUGCACCCCACUAUUCUGAGUACAAAGCUGCUCGAUAGAGUGACUUGUACUUCUCUGGGGUAAGAGGGCAGGGGCCGUGUGGAAGGAAUUGAUGGCUCCUUACAGUGUCUGUGGUUUAGUUCUUAUUACUUUCACAUUUUCAAAAUUGGGACAGCCCCUGCCUGGGUCUGGGUCCAGAUUAGGACUUAAACUGAUGAAAGAAAAUGUUGGUAAAUUCUCUGCUCAGAAAUCAUUUAUCAUGUUCCUAAUUUAAGGAUUAAACUUUUUAAUUUACUCUUUUCAGGAGAUGACCCAUUUAAAUAUCACUGUCUGUGUGCUGGUUCUCCUUCAUUCUUGAUGUUCUCACGCAGUUCUAACCUGGCAUUGGGGGUCUAGAGGCGCCAUCUCCUUCCGCUACCACCCCCCCCCUUUUCCCUUGAGAAAUCCCGAACGUGUUUUUCUGUGCUAAACUGGGAUCCUCUGUUUUGACUUUUCAUACCAGGUGAGGGGACUUCUUUCAGAGAGCUUUAUACUGUUCAACCAAAGAACACAUCUGAAAGUCACCAUUGGAAAAGUUCCCUUUAUUGCUUGUUUUCUGUUACGCUUAAGUGAAGAGAACUCUUGACUUUUUUCCUACCCAAGAUCAGCUUGUCUUUUAAUAGCCGUCAAAUAUCAUGGGGGGAGGGAUUGGAAACAAAAUGGAAAAACAUUGUGUGAAAGUUUUUGCACGUCAUAUUUUUUGAAAUUAUUCCUUUGAUUGGUAAAAACUCUCAGCCCAGAUUCUCCUAAGCAUCUCGUCAUCAGCUGUGGUAUGUUUGUGCAGGUACAUGUGGUGGAGGAUGUAAGCAAUGCUAUUAUUGUUUGUGAAGUUUUAUUUUCAUGUCUUUUUUUGCUUGUUAGGGCCGCAUCCAUGGCAUAUGGAAGUUCCCAGGCUAGGGGUCAAAGAAUCGGGGCUACAAGCUGCUGGCCUACACCGAGCCUUGUCUGUGACCUGCAUCACAGCUCACGGCAAAGCUGGAUCCUUAACCCGCUCAGUGAAGCCAGGGACUGAACCUGCAUCCUCAUGGAUACUAGUCAGGUUCCUUUCCACUGAGCCAUAACCGGAACUCCUGUUUUCAUGUCUUAAGUUACCUUUGGUCACUCUCAGCAUCUGAGAGCCUUAAGCCCUUGAAAUAUUCUAAGGUUUUAUUUUACCUUUGUAAAGAGUAGAAAAAGGUGAAUAAAAAAAAAAAACCAAGUACAGAUGCAGGGACUGUAUUUAGCAUGUACAAGUUGAAGUAAAAAAAGAUACCACUUGGUGGUAACUAAGUAAUUCGUCUUGUAAAAUAAAAUACAUUACUAACCUUUCCCGCAUAUCUAGGUCCUCACCAUAGACACCGUUAGAACACUAGAGAGCUUUUGCAUUGUAGCUGCUAUUUCAUGGUAGAGGGUCCAUGAAAAGUCAUAAACAUCAAGCAGUAAACUUACCAGCUAGUCCUUUCUUUUGGCUUGCAUGAAGUCACUGUAACUUAAAAUGUCAGUUAGUAUGGGCAUUGAAAAUAUAUGUGUGUAAAUAUAUAUAUAUGCACACAUGUAUGUGUGUGUGUGCAUAUAUAUAUAUAUCACUUUGCUUGUGCAGUUAGUUCUGGAUAAAUGCAGUUAAGUUACAGAUUUAUUUUGAAGCGUUAAAACUCCUGUGAUCUCUCCAGGACAUCUACUUUCUAGAGGACAAAACAUACACACUGGUUGUCUCUUCUUGAAACUGUAAUAUAAAUCUAGGGUCCAGUCAUAUCACAAGUAUCAUCUAACCAAGCACUUGGGGAAAUACAAGUGUAUAUAAAUACAGUCAUUGGGAAUGAGGAGACAUCUGGGAUAAAUAAGUCUUGUUUUAAGUACAUGGUUUAACACAACCUGCUUCAGGAAUCUGAUGGGAUUCAAACAGGUAUUAGCUAACCAUUACUACCAAGGAGGAUGAUCAGAGUUAGUUAAUAGAGGCGUGACUAAUCCUUCUCACUUUUCCUCAUUGCUCUUUUCAUUUAGCGUUGUCUUUACGUAUUUCAGGUUCAUCCAACCUCCUGCAGAUCACAUCAGAAACUAGGAAGUUUAACUAGGGGACAUCAAAAUCACACCCAAAGAAUGGAUCAAGUGGCAGUGGCCAGUUCUCCUCCCAUGUUGAUUUUAAAAGCUUUACCCUAGAAUAUGGCAUAAAUUCUAGAGCAAGUGAAUUUUGAAAGACAAUGUUCAGGGGCAGGGUCUUUGGAGCACUAAGCUUUUUGCUUUGCUUUGGGAAUUUCUUCCCUUUAAAAAACAUUCUCGUCUCUAGACCCUAGAGUACUGCUUGGUUGCUUUGACAAACAUUGGCAUCUUAGUCCUUUCAUCACGAUCUUAAACUUUCGUGAUAGGGUGAGGAUUUCAGGUGGUCAAACACGCUUCAUCCUCACGGAGUCAUGCAAGGUGAACAGAAAUACCUGACUCACCUACUAAGGGCUGAGUGUUUGCCUAAUGCCCUUUCAGAGGCAAAGGCCCUGUUUCUUCCCUCACAGCCCCCUUUCCAAAUUGAUGAGGAUCUCUGGCCCCUAGUCAUGCUGGUCAUGAAGGUUGAUUUCACACCAGUAAAAUAAAUCAGUGUAGCCCAAAGGGGUUAUGAAGGGAGAGUUAGAGCAAACAGUUGUUGAGCAGCUGUUUGCUUAAGCAGCCUCAGAACCUGUAGAUGUGCUGCUGCAACCUGCUUAACACGGAGGUUCCGUGUCCAGCAGGCUUCUGAAUCUGUUAAGCCUGAAUCAGAAUACCUUCCAUGUGAAGAAAGGCAUGUCCAUUCUCUCCUCAGCUUUAUCCACAUGAAAUGUAGUGUUCAGUUGCCAUGUGCCCAGAUAGCUACAAGGUAGAAGCCUGGCUUCCUGCCUCAUCGUACAGAAGAAAUGCCAAGACUAGCCAGUGACCCCUUUGCUUUUAAUUGUGUAGAACAUGCUGUUGCACCCCCUUUUGCUGUAGAUUAAAUCUUUUCUAGGGAGGAAACCAAAGGAGCUAGCUCGAGAACCUAAUGGAAAUGUUUACUCCAAUCUCUGCUGAGUCUGGAGGUAUCACAUUCCCAGUCAUCCUCGGGACUGGCCUGGUGGGGGCGCUGUGGGCAAAGUCUUGUUUACUACAUAAUGCACAUGAUAAAUGGCCUUAUAAACUGAUUCUUUGUGGUAUGAUGACUUAUAAUAAACUGACCCUAAAGAA